AUGAACACGGGUGGAGCACAUGUGGAGGUUGAUCGAUUGCCAAAUGCGGCCAAGGGUGGAACUUCGGCACUCGCAGAUGCCUUAUCGAGUGAUGCUUCUUCCCUCAAGGCCAAAGGCGAAGCCCUCGACACACAGCUCGCUGACCCAAACCAACAUGUCCCCUCUUGCCGACGCCAGGCGACUCAGCCUAGCGCGCAAGCAACGCAGACCGCCGCCAAUAGCGUAGGCCAAGCUGGAGCGGUCGCGAGUAUACAGACCUCCAGCAAACCGCCAGGGACGAACAACUCCCAGGCAACUACAUCCGGCGCCCCGCAGGCCAAUGCCAUCAAGCAACCAGUCCAGGCUGCCGGUGUCACGCAGAGCACUCAAGUGCCCACACCCGCUCAGGCCGCCACUCCCGCAAACACCGCCGCCUGCCAGGUGCCCCCGGCCCCGGCGCCCAAUGGCCUCUUUGUGGCCAACGACAAGCAACGCGAGCUCACCAUGCUGCGGGCCCUUCGCAACCAAUCUAUUUGUGAGCAGUCCAUGUCCCAGUCCGACUCCGGUGGCAACACCAAGUUGCCAGACAUGGUUCCCGGCGACCACGGCUCUGAGGAGGAAUUUUCCAUCCCGGCAUCAGUACACGUCGCCGUCAAGACCAACAGCUAUGUUCCGCUCACGUUUACGACACGCAAUGGCAGCACAUCGCUCAUCAACAAGGAGCAGUGCGAGUGUGAAGACAAAGAAAGUGGCAUCAAGCGCAAGCUGCCGCACUCCAAACUCUUCGACGCUGCAGAGCAACACCAGUCGUCAGAGUCUUGGAAUGCUGCGUGGGAGAGCCACUUCUGCCAUGUACGCCACCUCAUCGCCACUGAGGUUGGCCGAUGGGACGUUGCCCACAGGUACGACCACCUGGUUCGCGAGAAGUCCACAGACCGCCCUGAGUACGACCUCGGCUCACUCGACAAGGGCGUCCUUGGGCACACUCUUAUGGAGUUCAAUGACCGCAAGGCGAGCACAGUGGCCAAGAUUGCAGCUCAGGCGGCCGUUCGCUUGGCUCUCACAGGCCUGCACAUCCAGCAGGGCCCUUCUAUGCCGAGGAAGAGACGGGCAUCAACCAAGACGGUCGUCGCCUGGCGCUGGAAGGAUGUGGAGCAAGAGGCCUUUGAUAAGAUGAAACACACAUUUACGUCAUCCCCUGUCCUCCUCAUGCCAGACCCUACUAAGCCUUACUGGGUAGAAUGUGAUACGUCGGACUUUGCCAUUGGCACCGUAUUGUCACAGUGUGGCAAGGACAAUGACUGGCAUCCGGUGGCGUACCUCUCCCAUGCCCUCACCGCCCCGGAACGCAACUAUGACACCCACGACAAGGAAUUGCUGGCCUUCAUCCGUGCGCUUGAGGACUGGUGUCAUUAUCUUGAGGGCUCUCCUCUCCAAGUCAAAAUCUUCACCAAUCACAAGAAUCUCGAGUACUUCACCACGGCGCAGAAGUUGAACAGACACCAGGCUUGA